GUGACUGGCACCAAACUUCUUGGAUCAGGUUAGGCCCAAACCCGCCAUGUGACCAUAACAAUGUGACUUGCAGGUGAGCGUCAAAUUCACGGCCUCACCAGCCGGUGCAGAUUAGGCCACGCAUGUGGGUUGGUUCUAGUUUCGAAUCCUGCAAGGGCCAAGCUCGAUCUGCAGCAUAAAUGCAGGCUUUCUUCGAUCAAUUCUUCAACCUCUUAACGCUUUCUGCAUUCUACGGCGAUGCGGCCCUAGUUUGCAGGGCGUGAGAGGAAUUUCGUCUGAACUAGGUUAAGAUUGGUCAGGGUUUCGAGAAUGGUGGAGUUUGAAGAAAUUUUGAGUUCAGAAGAGGAGGAAGGGGAAAAAGGAAGAGAAGAUAGCGUUUCCUGUUGUGGAGAUGACGCUGACGACGAAGAUGACAUGCUCGCGCAGUUUCUGGAGUCCGAGGUUCUCGCCGUAGACUCUGACCAGGAAGAUAUGAUCUCAAUGCCUUCUAAAAGGCACCGUGUGGAGGAAAACAUCGAAAACAGCCCAGGAAUGACACUACAGAAAUGUUUUCAUUCUGCCAGUGAUGGGAAGCAAAUGCACAGUGAAAGUGGAAUCAUCACAAAGCUAAGGCCAACUUUGCAAAGUCGAGUAGAAGGGUGUGGAAAUAGUCAGGGUCCAAGAACUCAAGCAAACAUAGAAAGUGGUGUUUUCAGCAAGAUACCCACAGAGCUAUUUCAAAAGAUUCUUAAAUUUUUAUCUUCAGAGGACCUUGUUACCUGUGCAUUAGUUUGUCGCUUUUUGAACUCUGCGUCAUCAGAUGAAUCUCUAUGGCGUCGACUAUAUUGUAUGCGCUGGGGAUUGCCUUCACCAGCAAAAUUGCAAGGAAAGCCACGGGCACGUGCAUGGAAGCGACUAUAUAUUGAGCGUGAUGAAGAAGAUAUGAUUGAAUUUGUUCGAAAUACGCCUGUUGAGUUUCGGGAGUAUUACAUUCAAAUGCAGACUGCCAAGCGAAGCCAAGCUCCUCUUCCUUCACAGGUGAAUGAUGAUAUGCUUAUUCUUGAUAAAACAGUGGCUGAACAAAUAACUCAUUUGAAACAUAGUCGAGGUUUGCCUGAUGAAUUUACAGCAGAACAUGCUUGCUCAGGAAGGACGUGCACCUACUCUCAAAUUGGUGAUUUCUUUUUAUGUGAAAAAACUGGACGAGUGCAUGUAUGUGAUGAUACAUGCCGAGAAAUCGUUUUAGAUCCAUCAAGUGAACUUCUGGUUUGUACAAUCUCUGGGCGCUGUUUUGAUAGAUGGCUCUCACCAUCAGAAGAAGAAUUGGAUCCAGUAUGGACUGGAGAGCAACCGGGGGAUGCUAAUGCAGCAGUGGAUGAAGCAGAGCCUUUUAUGGGGUCGGGUCGUUUUGCACGGGCAUAUUUACUGGGAUACAAUUGUGACGAUGAAAAGGAACUUGAAGCAGCGUUGGCUAUAUGUUGAUUAGAUCCUUGGUCAUCAUUUACCACAGUUCGACAUAAUCUUUCUCGAAAUUCUCAAUCUUCACCACAUUAAUUGGAUUCUGACUUCGGUUGCUUUGUAUAAACAAAAUGAAUACUUUUGUGGGGAACGAAGCUGUGGGGAACGAAGCUAUGUGGAGCUGUAUAACCAAAUUGAGAUUUUACAUUCAACGAGUCUAUCGUAUUUGUGCAUAUUAAAAUAAUGAAAAAACAUCAAAAGAAAAGAGGUAAAAUGAGAGGUGUAUGAGGCAUCUUUACUAUGACUUGAUAUCAUAUUUUUUUAAAAUAUUGUUGUCAAGGAUGUUAGGUAUGUA